AUGAUAUGCCAGCAGGGCGAUCAUAUCCUCGAGCAGUACAACACUAAGCACAAGGUCGCCAUCAAGGACGUGGAGUCCUUCCUUGGUAGGAUAAUGUGGGCUAGUCAAACUUUCACCCGUUUCCGCUGUCAUCUCGCAGCCCUCUACUCUUGGUGCCACAAGCUGAAGUCAGUGGCGGGGGCAAAUGGGAAACCCCUGCACUCGGCAUAUCUCGGGAGAAAAGCCGCGGAGAAGAUCAAUCUCCUCCUAGAGGUGGUGCGCUCUCCUGCACUCCGAGCAACCUCUAUUCAGGAUAUCUUGGGCGUACGGCUCUCUGGUACUCAACAUAUGAUAGUAAUCACCGACGCCAGUCUCGCUGGGUUCGCUGGUACGAUGCUCAUCGGGAGUCAGAGAUAUUGGUUCUGUGAGUCAACAGCUACUACCGAGUUGAAGGCCUUAGUCCCAGGCGAACUGGAGUCAGGACACAUCAGCACACUCGAGUUACUGGCUGCGAUCGUCGCUGUGCUGGCUUCAGUGCGCAGCUGCGGUAUCGACAGAACCGAGGCGGACUUCACCGUCCUAAGCGACAACAUCUCCACAGUUGAAGCCUUGAAUAAGGGUACUAGUGGUUCACAGCGCAUGGCGGAUCUCUUGGCAAGAUUUUCGGCGAUGGGCAUGAACCAUCGUUCAAUUCGCGCCUUUCAUCUACCCGGAAAUGAGAACGUCAUAAGUGAUAGCCUCUCGCGCGAUGGCGUUCCCCGCCCUGCAAUAGCUCGUGUCAUCGGUGAGCGCGUCGAUAUACUACCUGUGUUGCAGGAGAUAUUACGCACCGAUCCGUUGAAGGCCCCAAUCUGCUUGAUGUAG